AUGAGUGCCACAAAGGCUUCCCUCCCUAUGCUCAAUACCACAAACAGGCCAAAGGAGGGAGAAAUGGGGAAAAAACUCGAAGUAAAAUGUUACAGAAUUGUCUCCUCUGAGUCUCCUGCUAAGCUUUACUGCUGCUAUGGAGUGAUCACAGUCCUCACUGUAGCUGUAGCUGCUCUUUCUGCUGCUUUGUCAGUAAGACCUACAGAACAGAUCUCAAUCAAAAAGACCUAUACUCCUUGCCCAAGCAACUGGAUUGGAGUUGGAAAUAAAUGUUUUUAUUUUUCUGAAUACUCAAGUAACUGGACAUUUAGCCAGGACUCCUGCAUGGAACAAGACGCCCAGCUAGCUCGAAUUGACAGCCAGGAGGAGCUGAAUUUCCUAAGGAGAUACAAGGGGAUUUUUGACCACUGGAUCGGCCUGCACAGAGAGUCGUCAGAGCACCCUUGGAAGUGGACAGACAACACUGAGUAUAACAACUCGGUUCCCAUCCAGGGAGUGGAAAACUACGCAUACCUGAACAGUCACGGUUUCAACAGUGCCAGGGUCUAUGUAAAUCGCAGGUGGAUUUGUAGCAAGCUCAACAGCUAUAGCCUCCACUGCCAAACUCCUGUUUCUCCUUCCUAA